AUGGCCUACUCCAUCCCGACGGUUCUUGCUUCGGCAGGCUUUCUGGUCAGCUUGGCCUCUGCCGCCCCUAGCUCCUCGCCGCUAUAUAACUCAGUGAUCGAGACCAAGUAUGGUAAGGUCCAGGGUUAUCCUGCCUUCAGCAGCGAGCCCGCUGGUAACUUGACCAACUGGAAGGAUAUCACUGUCUGGAAGGGUAUUCCAUUUGCCGCAGACACUGGAGGCGAGAACCGCUUCCGUCCUCCGCAGAAGGCUAGCUCAUGGAACACCACCCUGGAUGCGAAGGAAUUUGGCAAUGUUUGCCCUGCCGCCACCAGUGACACCAACCUAACGAUUUCCGAGGACUGCCUGAACUUGAACAUCUGGAGUCCUGCCAAGUCCACUGGCGCCAAGCUCCCCGUCGUUAUGUGGAGUUACCCAGCUGAAUCUACUGCUGCUGAUGCUCUCUUCGAUGGUGGCGGUAUGGCUGAUAAGGGUAUUGUCUUUGUCAACUACAACUACCGAACUGGAUCAUUUGGUUGGCUUGGACAUCCUGAACUGAACGAGGAGGUCUACAAGGCCACUGGCCACAACAGCUCCGGUAACUGGGGAAUGCUCGACCAGAUGGAGGCUGUGAAGUGGAUCCACGAGAACAUUGCUGAUUUCGGUGGAGACCCUGACCAUAUCACUGUCAUGGGCCAAUCUGCUGGAUCUGCUGCGACCUACCACAUCCUCAACAGCCCCCUUACUAAGGGCCUGAUCAAGCAUGCCAUCAUCGAGAGUGGUGUCCGUGACCCCCAUGAUCCUCUCUGCACUUCUCUUGCCGAGGGCUAUAAGACUCAGGAAUAUGUUCUGGCCCAAGGCCUGAACUACACCGCUUCGAAGAAUGUCAGUACCAUUGCUGAGCUGCGGAAGUUGCCUAUGUCUGAUCUGGAGGAUAACGUUUUGGAUGGCUGGAGCUUCGGUGCUACUUUGGACUACUAUGCUAUGCCUUCCAAAUACAUCGUGUCUCUGAAGGAGGGAGCUGCCAAUAAUGUUCCCGUCCUCACAGGCAACACCAAAGACGAGAGUGGUGCUGAGAAACAGACGAACAUCACUGUAGCCGAGUACCUUGCGGACUUGAAAGACACCUACACAACUGGUAACUGGUCCCAAAGAUUCCUCGAGCUUUACCCCGCCGAUACCGAUAAGCGUGCUGAUGGUGCCUAUAACUCCAUGUAUACCGACCGGUCCAAGGUUGGUACCUGGAUGUGGACUCAGCUCUGGGCCCAGUCCAGCAACAAGGAUGUCUACACCUACUUCUGGGAUCACGCUCCACCUGGUCAGGACCAGGGUGCCUACCACGAGUCUGAGAUCAACUACGUGCUCAACAACCUCUACGCUACUGACAAGCCCUGGACCGCAAAGGACUAUGAGAUCGCUGCGAAGAUGAACGGAUACUGGUCUAACUUUAUCAAAUAUGGCAACCCCAACGGAGACGGUUUGGUCCACUGGUCUCCCACUACUGACGAUGCGCUUGUGCAGCACGUUGGAAACGGCUGGGGUGCCAUUCCCGUGGCCGACAAGGCUAAGAUUGAGCUGUUCAAGGAGUGGUUCGCAACACUCCCUACCUACUAGAUUAUCCUGCUGCUGGGAAUGAUUCCAGAGCUAGAUCGAACGAUCAUCGUCUGUGCUCUUGGAUGUUUAGCGUGAGAAUUUCC